AUGAUAUCCAUUGGUGUGGUUUCAUCAUUCACUUCCAUCCCACAAGACCUGGCACGGGAUGCUCUACGCAAAUGCCAACAAACCUUUUUCACCUUCAACGACAGAACAUACGAGCAAAUCAAGGGGACGCCGAUGAAUUCGCCAAUAUUCAGACUGGUUGCGGAACUCGUCUUAAAGGAGCUGGAAGAAGUCGCCUUCAACCAUUAUGAACCAGCAUUUUGGCGUCGAUACGUAGACGACACGUUUUUUAUAAUUGAAAUGGGCAGACUAGCAGACUUUCAAGACCUGCUUAACAGCAUCUUUCAAAACAUGCAGUUCACAAAGGAUGACGAGCAUGCCGAACAGUUGCCUUUCCUUGACGUCCCCGUCGCACGCAGGCCGAAUGGAGAAUUCAGCACCACGGUGUAUAGUAACGAGAUUAACAUGGCUCAAGUCCUUAACUACCACCAGAUGGCGCAUAAACGCGGCUGUGUUAGGGCACUCUUCCAAAGGGUAAAAACGCAUUGCAGUGAACCGGAGGGACGAGUACGAGAACUACGGCAUCUUCGGGACCAACUGGUAAGGAACAAACCCAAACAACUUCGCCAGCCGUUGCCUCCGUACUCACCCACGGCAACCAAACGGAGGAGAGCCACCAACACUCCGGCGCCCCCUGCCGUAUAUAAAAAAACGUAUGAGGCAAUGGAACGUAUCGCUGCAGAGCCCGGCGUGAGUAUCGUUCACUGUCCGACCGCAACCAUGUGCACCGAAAUCAUGCAAAUGAAAGAGCGACUAGACGCAGGAGAACAAUCUGGUAUCGUUUAUCAGAUCCCAUGCCGUGACUGUCUUCGCCAUUAUACGGGACAGACUGGACGACGGCUCAGCUUGCGAAUAACGGACAAGCCGUCCGAAGAGGCGACCCACUGUCUCAGGUCGUUACUCACACCCUGGAGGAAGGCCACGAAUCCAACUUCGCGAGCACGCGGAUAA